GCGGAGGAGUCGCUGUGUGCUGGCGGCGUGCAGUGGCGCGACCGCCGGGGCCGCGGGUACGAGCGCCCCACGGAACUACUACUCCCAGAGCAGCCCGGGCCCCCCAUCUCCGCCCCGCCGCGUUCUCCGGCGCCGAGCACUACAACUCCCGGCAUGCCGUGAACUUGACGGCCGAGACUCCGGGGAGGUGUCCUGCCCUCCCUCCCGCCCAGGUCGCCCGCCGGGUCCCCGCUGCUGCUCCCGCCGCGCGCCGAGCCGGGACGCGAGCCAUGGAGGAGACGCCGCCCCCAGGCUGCAGCAAGCCGCACCUGGAGAAGCUGACCCUGGGGAUCACCCGCAUUCUAGAGUCUUCUCCAGGUGUGACAGAGGUGACUAUCAUAGAAAAGCCUCCUGCUGAACGUCAUAUGAUUUCCUCAUGGGAACAAAAAAAUAACUGCAUGCUACCUGAGGAUGUGAAGAAUUUUUACCUGAUGACUAACGGCUUCCACAUGACAUGGAGUGUGAAGCUGGAUGAGCACACCAUUCCCUUGGGCAGCAUGGCUAUUAACAGCAUCUCAAAACUGACUCAGCUCAACCAGUCUUCUGUGUAUUCACUCCCUAACGCCCCAACUCUGGCAGACCUGGAGGAUGAUGCACUUGAAGCCAGUGACAACCAGCCAGAGAAGCCUCACUUUGAUUCUCGAAGUGUGAUAUUUGAGCUGGAUCCUUGCAAUGGAAAUGGGAAGGUUUGCCUUGUCUACAAAAGAGGAAAGCCAGCAUUGGCGCAGGACGCCGAGAUUUGGUUCCUGGACAGAGCAUUAUACUGGCAUUUUCUCACGGAUACCUUUACUGCUUACUAUCGCCUGCUCAUCACGCACCUGGGCCUGCCACAGUGGCAGUAUGCCUUCACCAGCUACGGCAUUAGCCCGCAGGCCAAGCAAUGGUUCAACAUGUAUAAACCCAUCACCUACAACACAGACCUACUCGCAGAAGAGACCAACUCCUUCGUGAACAAGCUGGAUCCCAGCAAAGUGUUCAAGAGCAAGAACAAGACCUUAAUCCCCAAAAAGAAAGGGCCUGUCCAGCCUCCAGGCGGCCAGAAAGGGCCCUCAUGUCCUCCCUCCACCUCCAAAUCCUCUUUUAGCCCUGGAAACCCUGUCCGGAAAUGAGCACCUCCACAUCCCCUCCAGCCCCAGCGAUGGUUUCCAUGCACAGAUGGCCCAAGCCUCAGAUCCUGUGCGUGGCACCGCAGGCCUCCUCCCAUCUGAGUGAGCCAAAUCCUAGCCCUUUUACUCCCAUUUGCAUUAGCCGGGAGUUCAAGGCCAUACUCAGGUCUCUCCCAGAGUCCUUUCCUCACCCCCUGCCUCCAGAAGCUGUGGAGAGCUUCAGAACUUGUUCAAGUGGCGAAAUCUGUUCAGAGCUUCCCCUCUCCACCCCCAGUCCUCUGCACCCCCAGCAGUGAUGAGAGAAGGUCCUCGAGGAGACCGCUGGUUUUGACCCAUGAGGCAUUAGAACUGUAUUGUUCAGUUAGUAACCACUGGCACAUGUGGCUAUUUAUAUGAAAAAUUCAGUUCCUCAAUAGCAUUAGCCACAUUGUAUUUAUGUGACGAGUAGAUUCUGUAUUAGACAACACAGAGCUAAUGGAACAUUUCCAUCAUCACAGAAAGUUCUGUUGGGCAGCACUGCAUUAGAAUAUUUUCAUGCUGUCCUUUCUCAGUUAAUUUUUGUUAGAAAAUGUGGAUACUUUAAUUUGAUUGGUCCACGAAAAUUCUUGAAGAUACAAUUGUACAUGUUUUUAUUUUUCAUAAGUAAUUCUCACUUGCUACCUUUUCAGAUUGCUAUAAAGUUUGUCAAAAUUAUUUUUUUUUUUUUUUAAGAGGAGGUGAUUCUGCUGUACUUGAACCAUUUAAAAACAAAAAACAAACUCCCAAGUAUUGUUUACAUGGCUCUUCAUAAAGAAUUUUGAUAAAAGCACUGUGGACAAGACCUUUCCACCUGAUCUGCCUUCUCACCGCUUCCAACAAUUCAUGGAGCGGCAGAAAGGGACCAAGAGGGACCGAGAUGUCAAGAAUGAGAGCUCAAGGUUUAGUCAUCUUAGAAGUAUGUUUCUUCCAAAACCAAUCAAACCAGAAGGAGAAGCAGUAGCACCAGAUAAGUGAUUCCAGCCUGUGGCUGCUGCUCCAAGUCAGGUCAGGGUCGGCAGGGGGCUGCGAAGUCCUGUCCUCUCCUGUGGCAAGCGCUUUCCUCUGGUGCUUGUGGUUCCCCCCAGAUACUUCGAAGUCAGGCCUGGCCCCUCUAGCUUCCACAGGUGAGGCGGCAGACCCGGGAGGGCACGGGCGCCCUUCACCUCAGCAGGAGCCCUCAGAGCAGGGUGGGAUCUGAUAAGCAAAGGAGAGCACGUGAUGUGUAGGACCCAGGACAAAAUGAAGAUGUGGGGCCUCCUGUCCAGAAAUUAGGAAAAUGGUACCAUUAAUGGUAUUAAAAUGUUCUUUCUUCCUUCUGUGGUCUCUCACAUCUUGUUACAGUGGGUUUAUUUGCUACUUAAUACUGUUCUAAGUAAUGAAAAAUGGAAAUUCUAAAUUAUUAACACUAAUUUUAUUUAUCUUUAUAUGAUGCAAUUACAGUUUUAAACUACAACUAGAAGGGCAGUGAACUCACACAGAGUCACCAAAAUUAGAUAAUUCAUAUUUCAUAGUUUAUGUGCACAUAUCAUUUGUAUAUGCAUUUUGUCCUUACUAGAACACUGGAAACACUGCAAAACAAAACAAAAAACAGCUCAACUAUUAGCUCACUUCUUGAUACAUACACAUUCUGUUGGCACUCUUUCAGCAUACUCAUGAGUAAGGAAGGACUAAAAGAAGAACGAUGGGCUGCCCUAGGCUCUUUUUUUCCUACGUCAUCAUUUUCAGCAUAAGUGGAUGGCUAAUGAAGUAUGUAAAGGGCUAACUAAUGGCAUGAGUAAAAUAAAAACUUAAAAAACAAGUAACUU